AUGUCUGCCGAAGAAGAUCUCAUCGACUACUCCGAUGAGGAGCUCAACACCAAUGAGACCGCCGCCCCGGCCACGGACUCGAACGGAAAGAAGGGCGAGCUCGCUGCCGGCGGCAACGUCGACAAGAAGGGCAGUUACGUCGGCAUCCAUUCUACUGGCUUCCGCGACUUCUUGCUGAAGCCCGAGCUCCUCCGCGCGAUCGGUGACUGCGGUUUCGAGCACCCCUCGGAGGUCCAGCAGACAUGUAUCCCUCAAGCCAUGUUGGGAGGAGAUAUUAUCUGCCAAGCCAAGUCCGGUCUGGGAAAGACGGCCGUUUUCGUCCUCACUACCCUCCAGCAGGUCGAGCCCGUAGCUGGAGAGUGCUCAGUCCUCGUCAUGUGCCACACUCGUGAACUGGCUUUCCAGAUUCGUAACGAGUACAACCGUUUCUCCAAGUACAUGCCUGACAUCAAGACUGGCGUUUUCUUUGGUGGUACGCCCAUCCAGAAGGAUGCCGAGUUGCUGAAGAACAAGGAGACUCACCCUCACAUCAUUGUCGGAACACCCGGACGACUUAACGCGCUUGUCCGUGAUAAAUUCUUGCGCCUUAGCAGCGUGCGCAUAUUUGUCCUUGAUGAGUGCGACAAGAUGCUUGACCAGAUUGACGUUCCCAUGGUGGUCGGUUGUAUUAACAAGACCCUAGACAUGCGCCGUGAUGUUCAGGAGAUCUUCCGUGCUACGCCUCAGCAGAAGCAGGUCAUGAUGUUCUCUGCCACGCUCUCGGAUGAGAUCAAGCCGAUUUGCAAGAAGUUCAUGCAGAACCCGACGGAGCACUACGUUGACGAGGACACCAAGUUGACGUUGCACGGUCUGCAGCAAUACUUUGUUGCUCUCGAGGAGAAGGAGAAGAACAGGAAGCUCAACGAGCUUCUGGAUGAUCUCCAAUUCAACCAAGUCAUCAUCUUCGUCAAGAGCACUUUGCGUGCCACAGAGCUUGACAAGCUUCUCCGCGAGUGCAACUUCCCUUCGAUUGCUGUACACUCGGGUGUCAGCCAGGAAGAGCGUAUCCGUCGGUACAAGGAGUUCAAGGAAUUCAAUAAGCGUAUUUGCGUAGCCACCGACGUGUUCGGUCGUGGUAUCGAUAUCGAGCGUAUUAACCUGGCUAUCAACUAUGACAUGCCUGCUGACGCCGACUCAUACCUUCACCGUGUCGGUCGUGCUGGUCGUUUCGGCACCAAGGGUCUCGCCGUCUCUUUUGUUACCAACGACCAGGACAAGGAAGUCCUGACUGCUAUCGAGAAGCGCUUCGAGGUUCCCAUUCCUGAGUUCCCCAAGGAUGGUAUUGACGCAAGCACCUAUAUGGCUUCGUAA